AUGGUUUUCUUAUCGACCGCAUACGAUAUAUUACCGAUAAAAGAAGAAAAUAGGGUCAAAGGAGGUUUGGAAAAAUUUUUAAAUUGUUUUUCCGCUAAAAGUAAUUUUAAAAGUUUACGAAGUGUUAAUAAAUCCAAAGAUAUAAUACCGAUACACACGGCGAGAUUUAUGAGCAUGAUUGUUAUAUUGAUGGGUCAUAGAUUUAUAGCAAAUUCUGGAGCUCCGAUGCACAACGCCAUUUUUAUGGAAAACGCCGUCGGAAAUCCACUUUUCAUUCAUCUUUUAAUGAGUCCCGUUUUAGUCGUUGAUACGUUUUUCCUAUUGAGUGGAUUUUUAACCGGAAAUCAAAUGUUGAAAGAUUUCGAUUCGAAAAAAUUUAAAUUAAUUAGCGGAUACGUACACAGGUAUAUAAGAUUAACUCCGGUUUACAUACUCGUUGUUGGAUUUUAUGCAACCAUUUUAUAUCAUUUAGGUUCUGGACCGUUAUGGAAAGCGAGAGUUAGUUUGGAACAAGAUCGUUGCGCAAAAAAUUGGUGGACAAAUCUUUUAUACGUAAAUAAUUACGUAAACACACAAGAUCUGUGCAUGUUUCAAUCGUGGCACUUGACUUGCGAUUUUCAUUUUUACCUCGUCGCACCUCCUAUCGUUUAUAUUCUAUGGAAAAAAUCGUUAUUUGGAUUUUCAUUAAUUGGAAUUUUAAUAGCAUCCGUUUCCGCUACGCUUUUCGCAUUGACAUUUACUAAUUAUUUAGAUCCCGUUUUGAUGUCUUUCAAUUCAGUUUUAGUCGAUUUGAAUUCGGAUCCGACAUUUAGAAUCACGUACAUACCAACACACACGAGAUUCAUACCAUAUCUCGUCGGAAUAAUAGCAUCUUAUAUUUAUUAUAAAAAAAAAUUACACAUUCAACUCUCUUACAAACAUCAAAUGAUAUCAUCCAUAUUGAUACUCGUACUAUCACACGUUCCCAUAUUCACCGCCAUUUUGUUUUACACACCCGGUUACGAAUACGACAGGACUCUCGCAUCCGUUUACGCAGCUUUACAUCGGAUACCCUGGUCCAUAGCGAUGGCAUCACUCAUUUUAAUGGGUGCCACGAAUAACGGUGGCCUCAUACAACCCAUACUCUCUUGGAAAGCUUUCGUACCUUUGAGCAGGUUGACCUACUGCGUAUUUUUAUCACACGGAGCCAUACAACUUUAUUCUACGUCAUCAUUAAGAACUCCAGAUUAUAAUAGUAAAUUUAAAAUCCUUUGGACGUUAAUGGGUGACAUAUUAAUAACAUACGUCAUAUCAUUAUUUAUGCAUUUGAUAUUGGAAGCACCGAUAUUAAAAUUAGAUAGAAAUUAUUUUACAUCGACUUAUCAAAUUUACAAGUCAUAUCGAAUGAUCGAUUGCAUUUUACAAUAA